CCGAAGAAAUAUUUUUCCCAAAAAGAGGACCAUCUGGUGACUGACCACACGAAGACCCCUUCCUUUUUUUUUUUUUCCUUCCUCUUUCCUUUCCUCCCUCAGUGGUUAGAGAUGGAGGAAUCAUCUACCUGAAAUCUUCCAUGCCUGCCCCCGGAAGGCUUGGUCCCUUUUCACUUCUCUUAAUAGGUUAAUAUUGGUGGUGGUGUUUUAUCCUCUCCUCCAAGCCCACUUAUUCUCUAUUCUGGGAUCAGGGAGGCUUUACUGAAAAUCUGGAAAAAAUGACUAUUGUCAGUGUGCGAAGGCAAAGAAAAUCGUUUUUCAAACGGAUGUUGAGGUUGCCUUUUCGUUUGGGAUCAGAACAAGAUGCCCUGGAAAUAUGCAAUUACUAAGGGGUGUUAUUGUGUGUGGGGGUCACCCCUAGGGCUCCUACCUCCAGCAUCAUAAGGAUGUGAGAUUUCUGUUCACUGCAGACGCAGCUGCAUUAGCGGCAAUUAGAACGGCUGGGGCUGGACACCGUGGUUAGCAUUGCUCGGGUGGUUCUGGAAUUAGCAAAUUGCUAUUCAGUGUGCUCUCAAAAGUUGCAAGAUUUUUACUCCAGCACUCACGUUCAGUGUGGGGAACCAAGUCGUUUCUCGGCGUGGGCCGUGUGGGGUAAGGGGAGGACUGGGUAAGAGAGGGGAACGGAAGGACUGACUGACACAGCCAAACUAAUAGCGCAGCUAAAUGCGAUUUGGAAGGCGAGGUCUCCCCGAAUUAGUGCAUGAAUUUCCUAUCGAUCCGCCCGCGGUUCCAUUCAUCUCUGACAAGUCCCUCCUGCACCCGCCUGCUUGCUCCCGACGCCUCCUCUCUUCACUCCCUACCCCUUCCCAGGCGACUGCAGAGAAAAGCCCGGUGCUCAGUGCCCUCUCGCCCCCACGCGGGUUCCUCUCUCUAGGCGGAGCCCCCAGUCUGCCCCUCAACUUAACUCCCCACACAGCCUCCUGGGCUCCUUCCCAUCGUGAGGAGGGGAUGGGGGCGCCUAUUGUAGGCAGAGAAUGCGGGGCGGUGAGGCCGGACAGGAGGGGGCUGCACCGAGAGCCCCAACUUCGAGGGGAUCCAGGGAUUGUUCUCUGCCCAGCGCCCCAACAGGCCCUCCGGCGGCAACCUGCCCUCUUCCUCUCUUUCUCUCCCCCUCUUUCUCUCUCACUCUCUUUCUCUGAUCCCGGAGAGAGCUGGGCGAGGAGGCGGUCGCCCUGCAGGAGCCCUAUGUAAAUCCUGGUGUCGGGUGGGUGGGGAGGGGGAAAAGAGAAGAAGGGGAAAUAGACCUCUUUGGCUGGAGUAGGGUCCGGGUGAGCAGAUUUCCUUAUCCGGGAAUCGCAGGCGGGGCGGCCAUUGGCUCCGAGGAUCACGUGGGCCCCUAACUUUGUUCACUUGACAGUAAGUAGGAGGGCUUUCGGAAACAGGAAAACGAGUCAGGGGUCGGAAUAAAUUUUAGUAUAUUUUGUGGGCAAUUCCCAGAAAUUAAUGGCUAUGAGUUCUUUUUUGAUCAACUCAAACUAUGUCGACCCCAAGUUCCCUCCGUGCGAGGAAUAUUCACAGAGCGAUUACCUACCCAGCGACCACUCGCCGGGGUACUACGCCGGCGGCCAGAGGCGAGAGAGCAGCUUCCAGCCGGAGGCGGGCUUCGGGAGGCGCGCGGCGUGCACGGUGCAGCGCUACGCGGCCUGCCGGGACCCCGGGCCCCCGCCGCCUCCGCCACCACCCCCGCCGCCCCCGCCACCGCCCGGGCUGUCCCCUCGGGCUCCUGCGCCGCCGCCCUCCGGGGCCCUCCUCUCGGAGCCCGGCCAGCGCUGCGAGGCGGUCAGCAGCAGCCCCCCGCCGCCUCCCUGCGCCCAGAACCCCCUGCACCCCAGCCCGUCCCACUCCGCGUGCAAAGAGCCCGUCGUCUACCCCUGGAUGCGCAAAGUUCACGUGAGCACGGUAAACCCCAAUUAUGCCGGCGGGGAGCCCAAGCGCUCUCGGACAGCCUACACUCGCCAGCAGGUCUUGGAGCUGGAGAAGGAAUUUCACUACAACCGCUACCUGACGCGGCGCCGGAGGGUGGAGAUCGCCCACGCGCUCUGCCUGUCCGAGCGCCAGAUCAAGAUCUGGUUCCAGAACCGGCGCAUGAAGUGGAAAAAAGACCACAAGUUGCCCAACACCAAGAUCCGCUCGGGUGGCACCGCAGGCGCAGCUGGAGGGCCCCCUGGCCGGCCCAACGGAGGCCCCCCCGCGCUCUAGUGCCCCCCCCCCCCCGCACGGGAGCCGCGAACCUCGGGGCGGGGGUGGGUUGUGAGCGCGGGGGU